GGAGAAAAUAAAAGUGUAUUGAAAGUAGGAGUGUAAUUGACUGUAUGAUGGAGCGCUUUGGGAAUCACUGGUUGUUUCUGAGGAUCACUCUUCUCUGUAUUAUCCUAUUUUCUUGUUGUGAGAGGACUCACUCACAUGCUGAAGAUGAGCUCUUCAAAAAGCUCUUUGAUGGGUACAACAAAUGGUCAAGACCUGUGCCAAACACCUCUGAUGUCGUUAUUGUCAAGUUUGGUUUAUCUAUCGCCCAGCUGAUUGAUGUGGACGAAAAGAAUCAGAUGAUGACAACAAACGUCUGGCUAAAGCAGGAGUGGAAUGAUUAUAAACUACGAUGGAAACCUUCAGACUACGACAACGUGACUUCUAUCAGGGUUCCGUCUGAACUUAUCUGGGUUCCGGACAUAGUCUUGUACAACAAUGCAGAUGGGGAGUUUGCGGUGACGCACAUGACCAAAGCUCACCUCUUCCACACAGGUAAAGUGCGAUGGGUCCCACCUGCCAUCUACAAGAGCUCGUGCAGCAUUGACGUCACCUUCUUCCCAUUUGACCAGCAGAACUGCAAGAUGAAGUUUGGCUCGUGGACUUAUGACAAAGCCAAGAUCGACCUGGAGCGUAUUGAGAAUACUGUCGAUCUAAAAGAUUACUGGGAGAGUGGUGAGUGGGCCAUCAUCAAUGCUGUAGGAACCUACAACACCAAGAAGUAUGACUGCUGCCAUGAGAUCUACCCUGACAUCACCUACUUCUUCAUCAUUCGUCGUCUUCCUCUCUUCUACACCAUCAACCUCAUCAUUCCCUGCCUGCUUAUCUCCUGCCUGACCGUGCUGGUCUUUUACCUGCCAUCAGACUGUGGGGAGAAGAUCACACUGUGUAUCUCUGUCCUCCUCUCUCUAACCGUCUUCCUGCUGCUCAUAACAGAAAUUAUCCCAUCCACCUCGCUGGUUAUCCCACUCAUUGGCGAAUAUCUGCUCUUCACCAUGAUCUUUGUCACCCUGUCCAUUGUUAUCACCGUCUUUGUGCUUAACGUGCACCACAGAUCACCCAGCACUCAUAAGAUGCCCAGUUGGGUGCACUCAGUCUUCUUGGAUUUGAUCCCUCGGUGGCUGUUCAUGCGCAGGCCUGCACCUGACAGCCGACGCAAACAGAAACUUAUCCUCCUGCAGCGGCAGGGGCGUAGUACGAUGUCACAAGUGCUUGGACCGGCAACCACGCCUCUCAGCACAUCUACUAGCUGGUUCAGGGGGGAUAGCUCUGGUGAGGAGGAGUCUCGCAGGCACUGCUGUUAUAAGGAUGUAGAACUUGGAAUGCUCUCUUCAGCUAUCUCUCUUUCGUUCCACUCCCCUUCGCCCUGUCCUCUUGGCUCGACUCCACCCCCUUUACAGAAAUAUGGCCCCUCCCCUAGACUGGAGAUGGGCGUGGCUUCCAGGCAGCCUGGUUGUAGAGCUAAUGUCACAAAGAGGCUUGACAACAUGACAUCAGACAUCCCAGGGUUCCCACUCUCCCCCAGUGUCCUACAAGCUCUGGAGGGGGUUCACUACAUAGCAGACCACCUGAGAGCAGAAGAUGCUGACUUCAGUGUUAAGGAAGAUUGGAAGUAUGUUGCUAUGGUAAUAGACAGGAUCUUUUUAUGGAUGUUCAUCAUAGUAUGUUUGCUGGGCACAAUCGGGCUCUUUCUCCCACCUUGGCUCGCAGGCAUGAUCUAGAAAACAUACCAACAAAUGUUAUCUUUGGACAAUAAGGACAUCUACAUAACUUUUGUGCUUCAACUGACAGAACCAGCAUGGGGACACAAUGCAGAGUUAGUGGUGAAAUUUCCCCCUGCAUGGGAUAAGAUCAAGUGCAU